AAAAGGGAGAUAAGCAUUUUGAAUUCUUGAAGCUUUCAGCAGCACCAACACAGAGUAAAGCAUUGCCACCCAUAUAAAGAGAGAGAAAUUAGGAGUUAAAAAACACAAGUAGAAAACAACAGAGAGAGAGAGAGAGAACACAGAGAGAGAGAGAGAGAGAGAGAGAGAGAGAGAUGUAUAGGUUCAGCAACACAGUGAUAGGGUUCUUGAACCUUUUCACUCUCUUAGCAUCAAUACCCAUAAUUGGAGGAGGUCUAUGGAUGGCAAGGAGCAGCACCACAUGUGAAACCUUCCUCCAAACCCCGCUUCUGGUGGUGGGUUUUGUUGUGCUCAUCAUAUCUCUAGCAGGCUUCAUUGGUGCUUGCUUCAAUGUGGCUUGGGCACUUUGGGUGUACUUAGUGGUUAUGUUGCUCCUAAUUGCAACCCUAAUGGGUUUAACUGUGUUUGGGUUUGUGGUCACAAGUCAAGGUGGUGGAGUGGAUGUGCCUAGUAGGGUUUAUAAGGAGUACCAUCUUGAAGAUUACUCACCAUGGUUGAAGAAUAGGAUUAAGGAUCCUAACUAUUGGACUAAGAUUAGGAGUUGCAUAUUGGGGUCCAAGACUUGUGCUAAGCUUAUUGCUUGGACACCUCUUGAUUAUCUUGAGAGAGACAUGUCUCCCAUACAGUCUGGUUGUUGCAAGCCACCAACAUUAUGCAAUUACAACAUGGCAACCACAGUGAGUCAAGACCCGGACUGCUACCGGUGGAACAAUGCGCCCAACUUGUUAUGCUACGAGUGCGAUUCAUGCAAAGCUGGAGUGCUUGAAGACAUCAAAAGAGACUGGCACAAGCUCUCUGUCCUCAACAUUGUCAUGCUUGUGGUCCUCAUUGGAAUCUAUUCAAUUGGGUGCUGUGCUUUCCGGAACACCCAGAGAGCUGAAACGGACCACCCAUAUGGUCAGAACCGGAUGUCCAAAGUUCGACCCAGAUGGGAUUACUAUUGGUGGAGAUGGUGGCAUCACAGAAAAGAACAGCUUUAUUAGUUGAAGAAACUCUAUCUUCUUUCUGUUACUGUGAAUCUUGUUCUUAGGUGUGCUCUAAAGAUGGGACAAUUCAGUUGUUUUUUCAAUGUAUGGGAAUUAGAGGUCUCAAAUCCUCUUUUUGGAUAGACUUUUUAUUU